ACACAUUAAAAUAGUUAAUAAACAAGCGAUCGACAUGAGCGAAGAACGGAGUGCAAAAAGGGCAGAAAUUGGGACACCCUCGCCACCAAACAAGCGCCAGCGUUUAUCCAAUGGUGACACCACCAUUGCAGGACUCCACCAGAACUCCAGUGAUGACGAAGAUGACGGCAGGACAUGCUCGAUAUGCUUCGAGUCGUGGGAAACGUCCGGCGAGCAUCGACUCGUCUCACUCCGCUGUGGCCAUCUGUUCGGCGAAAACUGCAUAAGGCGCUGGCUGACGGAGAGCAUGCACAACUCAGGUGUGCGGGUCUGCCCUAAAUGCAAAAAGGAGGCGUUUAAUCGAGACAUACGCUACCUCUACGCUAGCAGUUUGCGAGCUAUUGAUCGCAGCGAGGAGCAUCGCUUGCGCAACGAGCUAGAUGCGGAAAAGCGUCGCACACAAUCCCUAACUACCGAGUUAGCUGCCGUACAAAUGGCCGGCGGAGGUCGGGGUGCGUUUACCGAGGCAGUAGCAGGCGACCUGAGCCGCAAGCCACUGGAGCUGCUGCCCAAGUACAGGCUGCAUAUGGAGAAGAACUUUGAAAUAACACGUGAGCAGGGUUGUCGAGUCCUGCUCUAUUCGUCCCAGCAUUCCACUCUGGUUGCUUCGCAGAAGAGCUCUUGCUCGCAGAGUCUGUUUCCCGGCUACGGGAUGCGCUUCAUCGAUCCGCCCACCUUCAAGCCGCUACAUUUUCUACCCACUUCGGAUAUGCAGGUGCGCGAUGUUUCCUUCAGUGCCGAUCAGAAUAUGUUGGCCGUAGCCAGUCGUGAGACGCGCGUUAAAAUUUUCGAUAUACGUACGCGUCAAUGCAGCGCCGUCUUCUCGACGAACGAUAAAAUGCUUUGGUCCUGCGCCAUGGGUCGCAAUGAGCGCGAGCAUAUUCUAUAUGUGGGAGACUUUAUAGGCGUUACCUACGUUUAUGAUGUGCGCUCUCCCGGCACAACGCUCAAUGGCUUGAUAGCUGGUGAUUGCCUAAGCCCUGUGAUGGAUAUAGCAUCGGUGCCGGCAAACAAGACUUUCUGCAACGGUGGCUUUCUGGUCUGCCAAUUUACACAGCUCAUCUUCUAUGAGUACAUUAAUGAGACGCCUGUGCCGUCCCGCAUCAACAUUGAGGGUCCAUUUUCAUCCAUGCACUACGACGUGUCUCAGGACACGCUGCUGAUUUCAGUGCGCUCCAAUCGCCAAUAUCCGCAAUCACGUUUUAUUCUUGGUAAACUUGUCAAGAUCGAUGGAUCGAUGGUGUUUGAAAUAAAGGCAACUAUCUUUGGCGAUAAGGCCACUCCAGUCAUGACCCGGGCCACCCAGCUGGGCGUUGAGUCGAAUACAUUGGUCGCUGGCUAUCUGCAGGACAGCAAACAGCUGAUAUUGCACGAUGUGCGGCGUGAGGAGCGCGUCCAGACGUUGCCAGUGAAUGAAGUGGUCUACGAUAUUUGUCCUGUGAGCACGCCAAAUGGUUCCUAUCUGGCAGCUUUGACAGACAACAAAAUCCAAAUAUACACAAUUUACUCCUCGGGGGGAAUUAAGUUACACAAUUUUCUGUGAAAAUGAGCGUGACACAUUUUCUGUUGUAAUAAGUUGAUCAAAUUAUUCGUUAGAAUGUUAAACUGUUUAUUAUGAAAUUAAAAAAUAUUGCAAA